AUGCUGCGCACGGACCAGCUGCGCACGGACCAGCGCGCACAGCCUGCCCUUAUCUCCCCAUGUCGAAACUCCCCAAGCUGCCGGCGUCCCCUCGGGACUCCCUAUAUUCACUUUCCUUUCCCACAGGUCGGGUGGUGCGCACCCCUACGAUACUUCACGCUUUACUAUACAUCGCCAACCCUCGGGGAACGAACUCUUCAACACCUGCACUUCACAUACGCGCACCUCCCCGUCCUUCCCCCAUCCAACGUGGCUGCCUGCCAAGGCCAGAUCCACGCAUUCGACUCCCAGGACCUCAUCGACGUCUACAUCCCAGACGGCCCUGAGACUGUCCUCUACCAUUGCGAGCAGCAGCCGUGCCCAAAUCGGACACCCCGAUCAAUCGAGGAAGAUUACCCUCGUUACAAGGCGAUCCGACGAGCGCAACACCCGCUCGGACCCCGAAGCACUCUCGCAUCUCGAUCGGCCUCGCGGCACUCUCGCCCUGUCUCCCCUACCUCCCGCCUCCCUCAAACUGUCGCCGAUCAAGUACAAGGAGAUCUCCCUCCAGACCCUGCGCCAGAGCCAGAGCCUGAGGAGGGUGCAGGUAAAGAAGGAGUCUCGGAGUCCGAGUCCGAGGAUUCUGCUGGGUCCACCUCGCCGACAGCGCUCGCCCCCGCGUCAGCAGUCCCUGACGUACGUAACCCCCCCGCCGAACUUCCUUCGGCGCCUUCACCGCCGACUCCGCCGAGAGGCCGCUCGAGCACUCGCUCCUCUCGAAGUUCGGCCAGCGGAGGGCCACCACAGCCGCCUCCGCCCCCGCAGCGUCCUCCGUCCCCCCCGACGCCGAUAAUGUCGUCUCCUGCAGCCGCCCCCGACAAGGAGACCUUGAAACUCCUCCUCCCGCUCCGCUACGAUGGCAAGACCGUCAUCGAAUGCAACCGGUUCCUGUCCCAGUUGCGCAUCUACUGGCUGGUCAACACGUCAUUGACCACCAUCGAACUCAAAGUGCAGGUCGCACUUAGCCUGCUCGAUGGAGACACCCGCGCCUGGGCCACUCCCUACUUUGCCCAGCUUGCAUCAGUGCAGGUGGGGGUGCAAGGGGCCACGACCCCAUUCGCAAACAAAGCGGCCUUU